GAUGCGCGCAGGAGAACAAUUAGCAUCCUUCUUUGGGCGUAGCAUCGCUCCCCCUUAAGAAGUGAGUGUUAGUCCGCCUAAGUUCACCGCACAUGUCUUCCUUCAAUCCUCCCGCGAAGCGUUCUCGUUCCACGUCAGUUGGCUUGACGUCUGUCGAGAUCCAGCGUCUCUUCCUCGACCGUUUUCCCGACGAGCUCCUGGAACAAAUCCUUCUCGAGUGCUCUGCAGGCGAUUUGCAGGGACUACGCGUCACUUCUCGCAAGCUGCGCACAUUCAUCGACUCUAAGCGUCUUUUGGAUCAGGCAAUCAAGCGCGCUGGUUUACCUUCAUGCUCCGAAGUCGUUGAACGCCUUGGAGACUGGCCCAACAUGCUAAAGAUGAUGCUAUACCUACCGCGCAGCCUCCUACAUGAUUCCGUCAACCAGAGCGACAGCGAGUCGUAUAAGCUCAUGGUAGCCGGAGGGCUCUGCACAGUAUGCGGCAAGUACGCUGGAGGUCCACCCUAUUCGAGUAACCUUCGGGUGCGACUCUGUGGAGAGUCCAAUUGCAUGUCACGCAUCAGCUCGAAUGAGUACACCCACUUCGAACAUUUUGACGAUACACACAACUAUCAGCAAUCGUUCAUUGUUGCGUAUGCUCAAGUCCCGUACAUGAACAGCCUCGGGAACAUCAAUUACUCGGCUGUUUAUCCCGGCGAUCCGCAGUGCGAAUCGAAUGGCUGUAGGUACUUGCGAGCAGAGUAUGAGCAGCGCAACAUGGCCAUUGCGCUUGCGGUUCUUUGUCCAGAACCCGAGCUCCCUCCUUGGCAGUGUCCACAAGAGCUCGCACUAAGACGGCACGAGGCACUGGAACCGAUUCAUUACGCUUUCUGUGCGUGGAGGCAUAGAGCUACGGUGGAGGGCCGUGACAUAUACAACAAGAACCUUGACGUCCUGAAGGAUUAUGCUAGGGAUCACAAGCGCUCUAUGGACGAUGUGCUCAUGGAUCCUUUGAUCCAACGCGUCCUCUUUGCGCACGCGCGAGACCAGGCCUACGCCUAUCCGUCGACAUUUACGCAUCUGAGGGACGGCAAAGGACCGCCAAACCAGAAGACAUCUGGCAAUGUUGUUCAGACAUCCGUCGGGGGUGGCGAUGGCAUUGGCGAGGAACGUACUGGCGACCCUGAGCGCGCCGAGGGGCCGUCGGCGGCGAAGCCUGCCACCAUCGAUCAUUCCCCUUCGCUCGCCCGGUCACAGCCGAUUGCGGCUCGUCGCUCAACCUCUUCGCGCUCACGGCCUAUCCAGAAGAAGUCGAAGAAAAGGCAUGACCCCGCAGCGCGCAAGAGACUGACUCAGGCACUGAGGCUAGACUGCAUGGAAUAAGUGAGUCUCGCAGGUGCACGUCACCCUUCGCGACAGGAGCGCGUACUAGUAGCGAUCACGUAGAUUCGUCGCAAUACCCGCAGAGUAGCACAAUUUACUCUCGUAUGUUCAGAAAUAUGAUAGUCAUGCAUAUCUGAUGUGGAACCGCCACGAAG